AGUAGGAUCAGGAUUUGCAGGUGUUUGAUGAAUGGGAAGUGAAUAAUCCCAACGAAUACUCCAAUCACUCUGCUCUUCCUUCCCGCUGUGUGUGCAGUAUCGAAAGAUACGCGGAGACUUGGCUGAAGUUAUUGAUUUUGUGUAAGCUUUUUCGGUGCGGUUCCACCAUUUUAUGUGCGCCCAGUCGCUGAAAACCGGUGCCGUGCUAAUUCGCUAAGAUAGAUCGUUCACAUUAACUCUGCGAAUAAAUAAUCCGCUCGUGAGACACCUCGUGGGUUUUAUUGUACAAAAUGGCAAGUACCAGUACAGACGUUCCGAUGGAAUCCGUAGAUCCCGCAGCUCCGCCUGGUGCCCUCAGCCCCAACACAGUGAAUGGAAAUGGCAACGAUUUGGCCACUAACGCAGAUGAUAUGACAUCGCGGGAUUACUACUUCGAUUCGUAUGCUCAUUUCGGCAUUCACGAGGAGAUGCUCAAGGACGAGGUUCGCACGUUAACCUACCGAAACGCGAUGUACCACAAUAAACAUCUGUUCAAAGGGAAGGUGGUGCUGGAUAUUGGUUGCGGCACGGGCAUACUGUCGAUGUUUGCAGCGAAGGCGGGCGCGGCCAAAGUGAUCGCCAUCGAUUGCUCGAACAUUAUUGAUUAUGCACAGAAAAUUAUUGAGGCCAAUAAUCUGCAGGAGACAAUUACUCUGGUGAAGGGCAAGGUGGAGGAAGUUUCUCUACCGGAAGGGUAUGACCAGGUGGACAUUAUAAUCUCCGAGUGGAUGGGGUACUGUCUGUUCUAUGAAUCGAUGUUGGACACGGUGAUAUAUGCUCGCGACAAGUGGCUUAAGAAAGACACCGGGAUGAUGUUCCCGGAUCGGUGCACUCUGUUCGUGACGGCAAUCGAAGACCGUCAGUACAAGGAUGAGAAAAUCAACUGGUGGGAUGAUGUGUACGGUUUCAACAUGAGUUCCAUCCGGAAGGUGGCCAUUAGCGAACCGCUGGUGGAUGUCGUUGAUCCGAAGCAGGUCGUGACCACAGCCUAUAUGAUCAAAGAAAUUGAUCUGUACACGGUAAAGAAGGAAGACCUGGAGUUCGAAUCGUCAUUCCAUCUUAUGGUGAAGCGUAACGACUUUGUACAGGCGCUGGUGACAUACUUCAAUGUGGAGUUCACAAAGUGUCACAAGCGGCUGGCAUUCAGUACCGCACCGGACGCGACGUACACGCACUGGAAGCAGACUGUGUUCUACUUUGACGACUACUUGACAGUAAAGAAGGGAGAAGAAAUUUACGGAACGUUCAAAAUGAAGCCGAACGUGCGUAACAAUCGAGAUCUGGACUUCUCGAUCGAUCUUCACUUUAAGGGCGAGUUGUCGCAGGUCGAUGAGAAGAAUCACUACAGGAUGCGCUAAGGAAGAACACGUGGUCGAUCACGAAUCAUCAUUGUGGGUCUUCCAAAACUGUUCGUUCUUCAAUACCACCAACUACUACUACCUAUCACCACCACCACCAUCACCAGCAUAUUUCGUAGUAUCCUUUUUUUAGCUUUGGUCGAAGAUCGUGAUCGUGUGCUGCUGUGUGAUGAUGACUCACAGUUAUAUUUCCAUGGAAUACGUUUGAGUUUGAAAUUGAUCGCGAAACACCGUGGAAAUAUUUUAUCAUUCAAGAUAAUUAUUUUAGUGAACACUUAUCCCAGUCGUUUAAUUCUUUGAAAGAAGAUGAAACAUCUAAACAGUUUCGUGUAAUAGUAUUGCAAAACUUGUCCAUUCUCUACGUUGCAGUGCAGUAUCAAAGAUUAGAACCAAGAAGGGAUCGAGAUCAGUGGAACUGUUUGCGUGGAGUGAAGAAAGACAGAAGUAGCAACAAAAUAUACGAACAAACCAUCUGACGAACGAAACGCUUUUGUUUGCUUGGUUUUUCUUUUCGGAAAAAGCUUCGGACAUUGUAAAUAUCAGAGAGACAACAAGCGGUUUGAU